CCAACUAUCUCUCUCACUCCUGGUUUAUUGGAUGCAUGCCGUAGCUGGCUGUGAUUUCUUUGGUUUCUGUAAGGGAACUCCGCUUAAUGAGUGGGCAGACCCUGAGCAUAUAAGGAACUGGGACAACAUGGAUAUCAUCAUCUCAGUCAUUUAUUCAUUCAUGAUGGCAACAACUCACUUCAUCUGUAAUGUUGAGGAUUCAGUAGAAUCCAUUCAGAUUCCCAUGGACAAAAACAAAUUCAGGCUUGGGGUCUUCUACAAGGUCUUUGUGCCUGUGAUUAUUCUGCUGGUGAUGGGACUGAUCGGAGGCUUUAUCUGGAUGCACUUAUCUUAUAAGGAUUGUCCACAAUGUAGCGAUCAUCCAAACUGGCUGGCCAUCAAUGCAACAGUCACAUUUGAUGGAAAAAUAAACUUUACAGCACCCAAAGAAGGGCAAUACUUGAUUUACGGUGAGAUCGUCAUGGAAGAAGGAAAAACACAUUUUGAAAAGAAUACUAUUCGUUUGAUGAAAAAAUCAUCAAGCAAGACAGAUGACUCCACCAAAAACGAGAUCACAGAGUCUCUGACCUUCUGUCAUAAUAAAGUCCAAUUCUUUGUGGAUACCGAGCUUCAGAAAGGUGAAGAACUGCUCCUGAGACUGAACUCAAAAGAAAUCAAAAUCAUUGAGACAAGUUCUUUCUUAAAAAUCUAUGAACAAAAUUUUGACCGUUGUUUGUACUGACACAAUGUUUAUAAGCGGUAUUGCAUCUAAGGGGCCUUGAAUGUAUCCAACCUAUUGCCGGUAUCUGGCAUAUAAAUCAUCUCUGUUUGCUAUAGAGCUUUAUAGGAAACCUGUUGCAUCUGCUAAAGAUGAAGUUUGUUAAUUCUUGUGCCCCUUGUGACACCAAAGGGCGAUACGAAUAUAAACUCAAACAGGUUCCCCAAACACUACCCCCUCUUAUCUUGAAUGUGUAACAAUAAGUGAUUUAAAAUAUGUUUAUAAGCUUAAUAAAUGUUUUAUAUAUACUGUAUAUAUAUUAUUGUUUCUAAUAGACAUGUACUUUAAGUUCCCUUUUUGUUAGUCUUAUUAUCAAAUCUAUACUACUUGUUAUUUUUAGAUUACAGCAGUUUAGAUUUUAUAUUGGCACCUGUGGUAGCUAGUUGCUAUGCAAAUCAUGUAUAUUCAUUUUAUAAAUAAAUAAAUAAACUAUAAGAAUAAGGUUUGUUUGAUGUAUUGCCUCUCGCUUUUUAUCACCUCAUCACUUAUGUGAACAUAUACCUCAGGACUCUUAUAAUACAGAACACUCUCAACAAAGUUGUUUACUUUUCAAAAAGUAAACUUUUGUACCUAAAAGGUGCAUAUUGUUACCUCUAAGGGACAUGCUGAGAACUUAGAAGUGCAUAAUGGGACCUAUCUGAACCUAAA